CACAGCACUGACACAGCAGCAAAGUGAAUAUGGAUGAAGAGAUCAGGACCGAGAUCGUCGGGACUGCUCCGUGUUUAACUGUUAACGGGAAUGCAUCGGCUUCCUGCAGACAUUUUCUCUGAAUCCUCUCGGCCCUUAGCUGUGGGGUCGUGAGCAGCUACCAUGACGUACAGCAACUCCAGCUCGCUGACAGCCAACUUCAGUGGAGCUCUGGACGGCUACGACUCCGGGGGGAACCUUUAUCGUCCAUUUUCCGUUUUCAGCGUGCUCACUCUCACUUUACUGGCAAUGCUUGUGGCAGCCACCUUUGUGUGGAACCUCCUGGUGCUGGUGACCAUCCUCAGGGUGAGAACAUUCCAUCGGGUGCCCCACAACUUGGUGGCCUCCAUGGCCAUCUCAGAUGUGAUGGUAGCUGCACUGGUUAUGCCGCUUAGCCUGGUUCACGAGCUGAACGGCAGACUGUGGAAACUUGGACGCGUGCUCUGUCAGGUGUGGAUCUCGUUCGACGUGCUCUGUUGCACGGCUAGCAUCUGGAAUGUGACAGCCAUUGCACUGGACCGCUACUGGUCCAUCACCAGGCACCUGCAGUACACACUCAAGACUCGAAAAAAGAUCUCCAACGUGAUGAUUGCGCUGACAUGGCUGCUAUCUUCCAUAAUCUCCUUGUCGCCACUCUUUGGCUGGGGAGAGACCUACUCAGAAGGGAUGAAGUGCCAAGUGAGCCAGGAGCCAUCCUACACCAUCUUCUCCACCUUUGGGGCAUUUUAUCUCCCACUUUGUGUGGUUUUGUUUGUCUAUUGGAAGAUCUACAAAGCUGCUAAGUUUCGCAUCGGCUCCCGCAAGACAAACACAAUCACCCCUAUGGCUGAGGUAAAGGAGGAAGCCCAACAGCCACAGAUGGUGUUCACCGUGCGCCACGCAACCGUGACCUUCCAGACAGACGGGGACACAUGGCGGGAGCAGAAGGAGAAAAAAGCAGCCCUUAUGGUUGGCAUUUUGAUCGGCGUGUUUGUGCUUUGCUGGAUCCCGUUCUUCAUCACCGAGCUCAUCGUGCCGCUGUGCUCCUGUGACAUCCCGCCGAUUUGGAAGAGUAUCUUUUUGUGGCUGGGAUACUCGAAUUCCUUUUUUAACCCCCUCAUAUACACCGCCUUUAAUAAGAACUACAACAAUGCCCUAAGGAACCUCUUCUCCCGACAGCGCUGAGUAAAUCUGAGCGCCACUCGCAGUGUUACCCCACCCAACCAGACUGAUCCAUGUGUCAUCUCAUCAAAUAGGUGAUAACCAGAAAUUGUCUUUAAAAAAACACCUUUAGUGUGCAACAGUUUUGUCAUUGUCAAUGUGUUUUGUUUAAGACUGAAACAAUCAUCUGCCUGCAUUUUUAGUGGCGAAAUGAUUUGACAUCUUAUUGAAACAGUGCUCUGAAAAGGAAUUUACCCCUCUACAGUCAUCAUCUCUCUUUUUAUUUACAAAAGCUAUAAAAUUAAUCUGCCCCCACUCACCUUGUUAAAUCAUAAGUUAACUCUGAUCAAUCGGAGCUGAACCAUGUCCAGGCCUGGAUUCUGCCAGACCUGUGAAACCAAGAUAUCACUUCAGCAGAACCUGAGAACAUGAAGUAGAUUAGUUACUUUUGAGAUAUUCUAAUGUAUCAGACUAAAGAAAUUCCACAACAGAUGAAAAAACUGUAUUUUCUUUUUUUCAUCAAGGGGAAAAUGUGUUUUCCUUUUCACAGAUAGCAUGAGCCCAAUACAGCCUGCAGCCCGGAACACCUGUCAGACGGAGGAAGCUGUAGCUGGCACUUUGUGAUGCUAACCUCUUGCCCAACUCAAAGAAUAUUGUACCAGAUUUUUGCAGCCUUGAGUGAGAUGGUAGCUGCAGGAACAAGAUGAACAAGAUUGUCUUCUGCCACACAGAUGGGAUUGUUUAGAUUACUGACCAUAUUGGAGUUUCUAACGAUACUUUGAUUCUCUCCAAGAUGAUCAGUAAACCACAAUACUUUUCCACACAGGGUUGAAUCUCUGAAAAGUUUGUAGUUUGAAGUAGUUAGCGAUAUGUUGCCAAAGGCUCAUUUAUUAUUCUAGUCAAAUGAUUUUUUUAAUAUUUAAUCAGAAUAAUUCAAUCAUUUUGUUUUGUUUUGGGGUUUUUUUUGUUGUUUUUGGAGGGUUUUUUGUAGCGUUAUCAGCUAACAGUGUGGAGCAAGAUCUAAAUGCAGACAAGAAUAAGGCAUGUGAAAAUAAACAAUUUUACUUAAAAACAUACAUAUAAAAAGUCCAGAGGGACCGAAAAUAUUACAUCACAAGAGGAACACCAAGAAACAGGCUGGGGUGAGUAACAGCAUGAUCUGACUGAAAAAUAUUUAAGGUAGAGUGUGAACUGCUGCUUCAGGAUCAGAAUAGCUAUGGAUUGUGCUCUCUCAAAAAUCCUGAAAGAGAAUUUCCGAUCAUCAGUUUGUAAAAAUUAGACUCAAUCACAUUUAGGUUUUUCAGCAAGAUAUCACAAUAAUCCAGAGCAUAAAUAUACCUCUGAAUAGCUAAGAAAAUGUAGGUUAUUGAUUAGCCUACUCAAAGUCCAGAAUGAAUUCUAUCCUAGAUCACAGAGGACCCUCGACAGGUGGUUAAUAUUCAUAAAUUGUCCAAUGUCACUGGAAAAAUUUAAAGACCCAUUGUUAUUUAUAGUAAAUACUUGAUGGCAGUUCUUACCACCAAAGGUUUGUUUGGAUAGCCUUUUUCUCUUAAUAAUUUAAAUCCUCACUUGAAACCAGCAUUAUGGCUGUAUUAAAAUUACUUUUGUCUGUGUUUGAUUUUUUUUUUUCCUUUUUGUGAAGAAAGUAAAACCAAAAAAGAAUCUGUUAGAGUGAAUAUUAAUUUUUAUACCUGUGUUGUUCAAGUGUUGUUUUUAUCUGGUUCAUCGUAAUGAAAAAUAAAAGCAUGGUAAUUCAUUUAAACUGUUUCAUCAUCAUCAUGUCUGCAUAAAAGCAGAGAAGGGAGUAUGGCUCAAGAAAAACAAAAAAAAACAUCUGUCAGAAGUAAACAAAAUUAGUCUCAUAAAUAAUAAACCAAGCAGCAACUGUGUGUUUUGUGCAGAAAUAGAUACAGAAGUUAUCAUUAUAGAUAACGUUCAACUGAAUUAAAAACAAAUUACAAAAAGAUGGAUUUUUUUUCAGCUGCACUCUUAUCUGUGUGUUGAUAAGCUGUAUUUAUUUUCGAUUUAUUACGUGUGUGGAUAGAGAUACACUCUGUUCUCUGAUGCUCAUUAGCUAUACGCUUUACCUCCCACACAUAAUUUACAUCCACAUACCCACAUUCUUUUCAGUAGAGCAACAAAAUAGCAUUGCAAGUCAUUACUUACACCAUCUUUAAAUAAAUUGCUGCAACGAGAAAAUGACUGGAUUUAAUCUCAAUUCCUACAAGUAGAGAAAAUCAUAGGAGGCAUGUUAAAUCAAGACAAUGUGAAAACUUGAGAGAUAGCCACCAAUCCUAAUACUCUCAAUAAAAUAAAAAAAAUCUGCAAUGGCAUUUUUUAAGCUUCUAUUUUGCUUAACCUUUGUCAGUGUCAUGAAUUGAUGCCAAGGAUUUCUUUUUAUGAAUAUCACUCUUAGAAAACAAAAUAAAGAGCGGUGAAUUCAGACUCCUUUGGAAACAACCUUCGAACAUUAAUUUGCGGGAAAAGCAGAGAGUCUUGGCAAAAGAAUAACGGAGGCACAAGAAGUCAGAAGAAAUUGAACCGAAACAAAUCAAUGUAGCAAUGCAAUUCAGUUUUGUAGUUAUGUGAAGAAAAGACACUACCAGAUAGCAUCCCUAUGUGCUCUCAAAUGUUCACCGAAAACAAUACUCCCCUUUCAUCUCAUCUUUUCAUUUCCACAUGUUGUACAAAAUGACUGUUUUCUUGCACAAAUUGCCACUUUCUACUGAAAGCAUUCACUACUGUAGAAUCAAUGAGUGGACCUUUCUUCACUUGUGUAGUGAAAUGUACCGUGAAGAAUUAAGCAUGACUCAACGAUUCUCAUCAAAGUUGUACCACAUGUAGUUGUGAGAGAAACAUUAAAGCUCCUUGCAUCAGUUUUUGCCAGGAGGUAAAUAAAUUCAUUUGUUCAAAAAAAUAUGACUUUUUUGUGAAAUUGUCCUUUUAUUUGUUGGGAAUG